CAGGGCCCCACCGUGCGCCCCAGCUCCCGCCCGCUGGGCUCUCCGCAGUGGGUUUUGAGUCCCGCACCCCCAGCCUCUGAGCUUUGCCCAGGCGCUCUCCGCUCUCCCUCUCCCGAGCGCACAUCCCCAGCAGCUCUGCCAUCGGCUGAUCCUGCUCAGUCCUGCAGUCAACUAGAACUUUCUGAUCAACUCAGUUGUAGGAAGUAUCUUUCCUACCCUACAGACUGUGCUGUUGGAAUUGAGAAACUGCCGAGACCACCCCCCACAUGGAGACCUCUAGGUGACGCCUGGGGGACCUUCGUUGUGCCCCUAUGUCUGCGGUCCCCGACAGUCAGGGUCUCCCACCAGACAGUUGGCUCUUCCCCUUCGGGGCCUAGAUGGUUGUGGGGCAGGUGACAGAGGAGGGAGGGUCCAAAAGUCCAGCUGGCUCCUUGCUUCCUGGCCCCAGCCUACAUCUGCCACCUUGUCCAGCCAGGGCCGGGCUCGCUGUGCCAGAAGCAGAGCCACUGCCAGCCCCAGCGGCUGCUAACGCCCCCGCCCCUCCUUAGCUCCAGCAGCCGAGGCCUAGUCCCCACCUCUUGGUCCCCGCACCUUCUACUUGCUGCCUUCUCUGCUCGGUGGAACCUCCGCGUAGCCCAGACUCUCUGGGGCUUGUUGACGCGGUUGCCCAGCAACCGGAGUCCUGCCCCUCCCUCGACCAGGUGGGACAGGUCGGGUCGUGGCGCGGGGCGGGGUCCCCUCCGGAGGGCCCUGAGUUAGAGCUUGGGCGUGGACGAGCCCCUCAUAGGAGCCAUCGGGGCAUAGAGGCAUAGAGCCGGCUUCUCCAGCUUAGGUGAGCGUCCUUUCCAGGCGGCGGCAGACGCGCCAUCCUAGGGGUUGUGGGCCCAGGUUCCUGGCUUGAGGGGUCUUUGGGGUUAGUUUUGUGGGUGGGGCCCUCGGCCAUGAGGAGACCUUUGUGGUUCAGGCCCAUUCCUUUCUGAUGGCCAGGGGGCCCUGGCCCCAGCCACUGGUGUUCACAGAAAGGGAUAAUGGGGCAGAACUCAGGACCCCUCACCUCUUCUAGGGCAAGUUUGGGGUCUCAGGGGUCCAGGUGUCCCCCAGGACCAGAGCUGGGUUUUGCUGAACCCUGUGUCUUGGGAUCUUGGGUCCUAGGUACUAGAUUUUGGAAAUCUAUUUGUGCAUUCCUUUAUUUUGUAACUAAUUAUCAAUUAACUAAUCAUUUUAUAAUUUCUUCAUAGGUGUAUUCUAGAAUUUACUAAUUUCACGUGCUUAUUCCACAGUUUAAAUUAGGCAAAGAUUAGUGCAUAAAGCCCAGUCUGUUACGUAUCUGUUACUUCCAUGAGACGUCUGUACUCUCUCUACAUUCACAGACCUGCCGCUGGGGCACCUUGCUGGGAGUUGGGAACCUGGGAGUCUGGGAGUCGGGCUGUCCUAGCUGAGAAGCAGGGUCUUAGCUGAGGCUCCGGCCUUUUGGCAGGAGGCUGUUGGGUGUUCCCAUUCCUUUUGGGAGACCGCCCUGACCUCUCAGUAAGAGGGUAAACUUUGACAUUCAGCCCUAUGACCCUGAGCCGGCACCCCAUCCUGUGGCUAGGCCCAUCCUUCCAGCCCUCAAGCUUUUACUGCUCCCCAGAAGGUCCUUCCUGGUGCUGUUCCCUCCCCUCCUGCAGGUGCCUUUGGGGUCCUGCCUGGGCUGCAGCACCAGCCUGGCUUGAGGAAGGUCCUUGGUUUCUGGAAGCAGCAGUGACUGCGUAGGGAUGCUCACCCAGCAGCUGUUUCCUCCGGGCAGCCUUUGUCCUCCCAUAGGGGAUUCAUGUGUUUUUCAAGGGCUAACGGAAAUGCUGAGAUCUAAAAGCAUGUUUAUUCCUGCCAAGGCCUGACAAUGAACCUUCAAGUCAAAUUAGCUGCCGGGCUCACUCUGCUGCUGCGUCUGGUCUGGCGUCUGCUGAGAAGAUCCUGUACUGAGGCGAGUGGCGGCUGGGCCUCUUCUACCCUGCUCUGCACCUGUGCCAGACUGCCGGCUGGCUGAGGGUGGGGGUCUCCACGGUGGUCCCAGCUCCCAAGGAGGUUGCAGAGGUGCUGCACUGAGUGGAUUUGCAGGGCAGUGGCAUGGAGCCUCUCUUCCCCGCCCCAUUCUGGGAGGUUAUCUACGGCAGCCACCUUCAGGGCAACCUGUCCCUCCUCAGUCCCAACCACAGUCUGCUGCCUCCGCAUCUGCUGCUCAAUGCCAGUCACAGCGCCUUCCUGCCCCUCGGGCUCAAGGUCACCAUCGUGGGGCUCUACCUGGCCGUGUGUGUCGGGGGGCUCCUGGGGAACUGCCUCGUCAUGUACGUCAUCCUCAGGCACACCAAAAUGAAGACAGCCACCAAUAUUUACAUCUUUAACCUGGCCCUGGCAGACACUCUGGUCCUGCUGACGCUGCCCUUCCAGGGCACAGACAUCCUCCUGGGCUUCUGGCCGUUUGGGAAUGCCCUGUGCAAGACAGUCAUUGCCAUUGACUACUACAACAUGUUCACCAGCACCUUCACCCUGACUGCCAUGAGUGUGGAUCGCUACGUAGCCAUCUGCCACCCCAUCCGCGCCCUCGACGUCCGCACAUCCAGCAAAGCCCAGGCUGUCAAUGUGGCCAUCUGGGCCCUGGCCUCUGUUGUUGGUGUUCCUGUUGCCAUCAUGGGCUCGGCACAGGUCGAGGAUGAAGAGAUCGAGUGCCUGGUGGAGAUCCCUGCCCCACAGGACUACUGGGGCCCUGUGUUUGCCGUCUGCAUCUUCCUCUUCUCCUUCAUCGUCCCCGUGCUCAUCAUCUCCGUCUGCUACAGCCUCAUGAUCCGGAGGCUCCGCGGAGUCCGCCUGCUCUCGGGCUCCCGGGAGAAGGACCGGAACCUGCGGCGCAUCACUCGGCUGGUGCUGGUGGUGGUGGCUGUGUUCGUGGGCUGCUGGACGCCUGUCCAGGUCUUUGUGCUGGUCCAAGGGCUGGGAGUGCAGCCAGGCAGCGAGACUGCCGUGGCCAUUCUGCGUUUCUGCACGGCCCUGGGCUACGUCAACAGCUGCCUCAACCCCAUCCUCUAUGCCUUCCUGGAUGAGAACUUCAAGGCCUGCUUCCGCAAGUUCUGCUGUGCCUCUGCCCUGCGCCGGGAGGUGCAGGUGUCCGACCGUGUGCGCAGCAUUGCCAAAGAUGUGGCCCUGGCCUGCAAGACCUCUGAGACGGUACCGCGGCCCGCGUGACUAGGCGUGGACCUGCCUAUGGUGCCCGUCAGCCCGCAGAGCCCAUCUACGCCCAACACGGAGCUCACACAAGUCACUGCUCUCUAGGCUGACACACCCUGAGCCCUGAGCAUCCAGAGCCUUGGAUGGGCUUUUCCCUGUGGGCCAGGGACACUUGGUCCCAGAGGAGGACCUAGUGACAUCAUGGGACAGGUCAGAGCGUUAGGGCUACCUCCGUGGCCCCAGACAGACUAAAGCUGCCCGCCUGGUGCAUGGCUGAGGUGACACAAAGACCUACCUGGAAGCAGCUGCCGUGCUGCUGGACGGCCGCGACUGGAGCCCGUGCCCCUCCCUGCCCGUGCUUCACGUGACUCUUGGCCUCUCUGCUGCUGUGUUGGCAGAACCCUGGGUGGGCGCACCCGGAGGAGGAGCAGCGGCUGUGUCGUCCUGUGCACCCUACGUGCUGUGUGCUGUUUGCAUGGCAGGGCUCCAGCUGCCUUCAGCCCUGGGACGUCUCCUCUGGGACAGACUUGGCGCUGCCCGGGAAGUCCAACAGGCAGCAUUUCUUUGGGGUGGGACUUGCCCUGAGCUUGGAGCCGCCACCAGGAGGACUCGCCCGUUCUGACUCCACCUGUGCAGCCAGGGCCACCCCAGGAGAGUGUCCAGGUGGGCUGGCUGUCCCUGGCUGCAGACCCCGAGCUGGUCCUGGGCCAGCCGCACCUCUGAAGGUUUCCUGUGUGCUGUGCUGUGCAGGCCUCAUCCCUGACUGAGCUUGGCUCUGGGUCCAACCCCCCUUUCCCUUCAGGAGACCCACGGGAGGCCCCGGCCCAUUCCCUCCAGCAGUGCAAUGAACUGUCAUGCUGUGGACCGUCAACCGAGCUCUGCUUCUCGGUGUGUGGCAGGUGUCCCAGGAGGAAGACGCCGUGUGACCACAUGGGCAGCCUGUUGUUCACCAAGUCGAGGCCUCGUUUUCCUGGUCUCGACUGCUGUUUGUAGCAGGGUGGGAGAGGAUCCUCUGGGGGUCUCCACAUCCUCCCGGGGGGUCUCCACAUCCUCCCAGGGCUCCCCUCACAGCCUCUCCUUUGCUUGAAGCCGGAGGUCAGUGGCCGUGCAGUGUUUUGGGGGAGCUGUGUUGCAGGGGAAGCUGUGCGGAAGGAGAAGCCGGUGGCCACAGCGGAGUCCUGCUCUGGUGACGCCUGCUUCAUUUACAAGCCUCAAGAUGGCUCUGCGUAGGGCCUGAACUUGCCGCCCAGCGAGAGGAUGGCUUCACAGCAGAGCCAGCAUGGGGGUGGGGCUUGCCAGGGCUUGCUUGAGCCAAACUGCAAGCGCUGUACUGGCUGUGAGAACACUGUGGGGGUGGGAGGGGGUCUCUGUACCUCAGGGGAUGCCCUGCUGUGGUCAACCAGAGAAUCACCCUUCCUGGUCUACAGAUGGCAGCUGCAGGUUGGUGACUUUGCAAAUGCACUUCCUACAGACGAACUAUUAAAAGACCUGCAACAUUGUAAAAACUCAUUUUUCCAUCAAGACCUUGGCCAGGUAACCUUAGGCUCCUGCCAAGAACAGGAAGUGAUGGCCGUCUCACCACAGAGCCUGGGCUGCUCCUCCAGCUCUGGGGAGUCUAGGCCGUGGGGACUGUCCCUGGGGAGGCCCCUGCUGUCUCCGUGACAUCUGUGGCAGGAGUCUCUGAGAGCGGGAGCUGCCUAGCUACAGUGUUUUCUUGCCAAGGCUAAGUGUUUUGUGACUCUGUGCUGACGUAAUGUGCAUCUUCACGUAUUUAUGCAUGUGGCAAUCGUUACUUCCUGUGCACGCAGCCAGCCCUGGGUCUGUCUCUGGGGUAAUGAAAAAGGACCCUAAUAAACACCUGCUCACUGGCUGGGUAUCUUCAUGA